AUGGCCUACAUCCCCGCGCCCGACUACCAGCCCACCUACAAGCCGAUGCCGCCUUACAACCAGCCCAUCCCAGGUGGCCUCAGUGUCGGGAUGUCCGUGUACAUCCAAGGAGUAGUCAACGAGCGUGUAAAGCGGUUCUCCGUGAACUUCAGCACGGGGCAGACCCCAGAGGCGGACAUCGCCUUCCACUUCAACCCCCGCUUUGACAAAUGGUACAAGGUGGUCUUCAACACUCAGCAGGGGGGCAGGUGGGGCAAAGAGGAGAAGAAAAGGAGCAUGCCCUUCAGCAAGGGUGCCCACUUCGAGCUGGUGUUCAUGGUCCUCCAGGAGCACUACAAGGUGGUGGUGAACGGAAGUCCCUUCUAUGAGUAUGGGCACCGGAUCCCCGUGCAGAUGGUCACCCACCUGCAGGUGGACGGGGACCUGACCCUCCAGUCCAUCAACUUCAUUGGCGGCCAGCCGGUCCCCAACCAGGGGCCCAGAAAUGCCGAACCGCCAAACAGUCUGCCUGCCGCGGAGGGACCUCCCAUCCUCAACCCACCUGUGCCAUACGUGGGAAAGCUGCAGGGGGAGCUUGCAGCCCGAAAAACCAUCUUAAUCAAGGGCUACGUACCCUACCACAGCAAGAGCUUCAUGGUCAGUUUAAAGGUGGAGUCCACAGGGGACCUGGCCCUGCACGUCAACCCCCGCCUGUCCGAGGGCAUCGUGGUUUGGAACAGCCAUCUGAACAACUCGUGGGGGAAGGAGGAGAGAAGCACCAGCUUCAACCUGUUCGGGCCCGGACAGCACUUCGACCUGUCCAUCCACUGUAGCCUGGACCACUUCAAGGUCUCCGUCAACCGCCAGCAUCUCUUUGACUUCCCCCACCGGCUGAGGGGCUUCCACACGGUGGACACCCUGGAGGUCCACGGUGACGUCACCCUGACCUACAUCCAGAUGUUAGGUGCAUAG